AUGCGUGCCUGCACAGCCGUCGCCACCGAGCUGUCGUAUAAUCAUGACGAGGACGAGGAAAACCCUUACCGAGCGGAGGUGGAGUUCAUCUCGCGUGACGAGUGGUCGCGCGAAGUGAGUAUUCUUCUCAGCGACCUUGUUACGAACGGGGGCAGGGAGAUGGACGACAUGGACCCCAACAGUGAUGCUGCUAGGGCUCUUGCAAAGAUUCUCGCGGUUUAUCCGUCACUGGAAACUCACACACUGACCGAGAGCAGCUCUGCUCAACUCGCCGAACAUCCAAACGUGCGAGAGCUUCUAGGCACGACGAUAACUAUGAAGGCCUCCUCUGCUUCGGAGAUCCGAGAACAAGUCGCGCCUUACGUCGACUCCAAGGACAAGGAUGAUGAAACGGCGGCUUAUUGGCCCCUGGUCAAAGUUGUCAGGAUCUUCACCAAGGCUUGCGUCCUUUCGAAUGGCGUUACCAUUGUCGAUCUGCCUGGCCAUCAGGAUUGGGAUGCCGCACGAACUGCAGUUGCCUCCCAGUACAUGAAGGCUUGCUCCGGUAUCUGGAUUGUGGCGCCCAUCAACAGAGCCGUCGAUAACAAGACCGCGAAAGAUCUCAUGAGCAACUCUAUUAAGCGCCAGCUCAAGCUUGAUGGAGCAUACUCGGCCCUGACCAUCAUCUGUUCGAAGACGGAUGAUAUCACCAUCAACUCAGCCAUGGAAAGCUUGAAAAGCAAGCUUGGCAAGGAAACCAUGCAAGCAUGGAGGGACGCCCUUUCAUCUAACCCGCGCAGCCUUGACCGCCAAGAUGCAGCAGGCUACGAAGCCCAACCCGACCGAGAGCCACGUGAUUACGAGGACAUGUCCCGCCAGACUCCCGUGUUCUGUACCAGCAGUCACGUCUACCAGCAGAUGCGAGGCCUUCUCAUGGCCGACAACGACUCGACGCCCGGCUUCGAGACGGAGGACGACACCGAGAUCCCCCAGCUUCAGGAUCACGCUCAGAAGCUAACCGAGGAGCUGCGCGUUGCCAAGCAGAAGGAAGUGCUGAGCGGCAUCUGCCAACUCCUGAAUUCGGUUGCCAUUUGGGCACAGGAUGCAUCGAAAUCGCCCGUCUCCAUUAAUGAGGCAACCUUGGCGACGUUGUUGCAAAACUUCGAAGCAAAUCUCAAGGCUGACGGUCAAAGCUGCAUCGACAGACUAGAUACGGAAGCGCAAACCAAACUCUAUGACGAGCUGACUCGGUUGACCAGCACCGCUACUUUGCAAGCGGGAAUCAUUGCCGAGAGAUGGAAGAGCAUCAGCUGGAAUACCUUCAAGGCAACGUGCCUCCGCGGUGGAGUGUUCAAUGAUAACAAUCUCAACGAGCAACUUCUCGAGCCCAUCAAGAGCGGCAUCUCUAUUACUUGGAACAACUUCUUCCAGUUCAAUGUCGCCAGUGUGCUUGACGGUUUCUCAGUCGCGGCUACCGGAAAACUGAUUAUGUUCCACGAGGGUAUUGUCACACGGCUUGGCGACCAUGACUUCAGGGAGCUACAGGCUUCCGUGCAACUUGAUCAACAGUUGAUGCUUCACAAAGAACGCAUCCUCCGGCUCGCCGCGCAGAGUCGGGCGGAUAUUGAUCAAGCUCAAAAGGACGCCAGUCGCGCGUUCAGCCCAGCGGUGGCAAAAGUCAUGACGCCCGGCUACCAGCGAUGCACCACCGAGUCAGGAAAGGGAGUAGUAAAACGAAUGAAUGAAGCGAUCCAGCAGCACAUCCGCAAACACAAGGUCAAGAUGUUUCGCAAUGCUGUGAGGGACGCCAGGCACAGCCUCGAGGAGGGGACGAAGUUGGUCGAGGAUAACAUGACGGAGCAGAUCAAGACCAUCGCCGCAACCAUGACGGAUGACUACAUGCUCGCCCUGGCCGAGAGACAGAAGUCUGCCCAACUUCAUGAAGCCAACUUCAAGAGGGACGUUAUGGAGCUAUUGGAAGAGGCUGCGAACCAUUUCAAUUGA